CCUUCGACUUGGCCCCGAACGACACUUAAUUGACUCAGUGUAUAGCUUUGUUCCUUUAAGCCAUGCAAGUUCUCUCGAAUGCUCGCCGAUUUUCUAAGGCAUUGCAUUCUCAGAUUUUUCUCAACUCCUAUCAUUUCCUUUCUUUUGACCUUCAGAGCAUCGGAGAUCCUCACUUGGUCACUUCAUGGCGGAACACCAGAAGCUUGCCUUCAAAGGCCCCUUGGUUCUCAGGGACGACUCAAUCAUUGACAACUGAAUCAUUGCCAAUGCACUUCUUGAUGUCAAAAUCAUUUUCUACGUCAAGAGCAAAUACUGAUGAAGGGGAUACAACAGUGUUAAAUGCAGAGGCCGUGAAGGAACUGUAUGACAAAAUGCUGGAAUCUGUAAAUGUUAAACGAUCAAUGCCUCCAAAUGCUUGGUUGUGGUCAAUGAUUGAGAAGUGUGGGAACCAUGAUGAUAUUAGACUUCUGUUUGACAUUUUGCAGAACAUUCGCAGAUUUAGGCUGUCAAAUCUUCGCAUUCAUGCAAACUUCAAUGACAACCUCUGUCGUGAAGUUUCUAAAGCAUGUGCUAGAGUAGGAGCUCUUGACUUUGGAAAGAAAACCUUGUGGAAGCAUAAUUUGUAUGGAUUGACUCCAAGCGUUGCAUCUGCUCACCAUUUGCUGUCAUAUGCUAAGAAUCACAAUGAUAGUAAACUGUUAAUGGAAGUGAUGAAACUUAUAAAGACCAAUGACCUACCAUUGCAACCAGGCACAGCAGAUAUAGUUUUCAGCAUUUGUUACAAUACAGAUAAUUGGGAGUUGAUUAAUAAAUAUGCAAAGAGGUUUGUUAGGGCUGGUGUAAAACUUCGACAAACCUCGUUUGACACAUGGAUGGAAUUUGCGGCAAGAAAAGGAGACACAGAAUCAUUGUGGAAAAUUGAGAAGCUGAGAUCUGAGUCAAUGAAGAAGCAUACCCUGGCAAGUGGUUUGUCAUGUGCCAAGGGUCUUCUGUUGGAACAUAAACCUGAUGAAGCAGCAGCUGUCAUUCGGGCCUUAAAUGAGGCUUUGCCUGAUGCUAAAAAGACAGGCAUGAAGGAUGAACUUCAGAAGCUUGUAUCUGAGUGGCCUUUGGAAGUUAUAAAGCACCAAAAAGAAGAGGACCGAAAGGCAUUGGCAGCCUCUUUGAAAUCUGAUGUUCUUUCCAUGGUUGAUUUACUAAACAUGGGACUGGAGGCAAACGUUAACAUGGAAGACCUGAACAGAAAAGAUGAAAUCCUUCAAUAACACAAGUUCAGAAUUUGAUGAAGGCCUUGUCUAGGAAGGAGCUCCACACAAGGAUUAUCCAAUGGCUCUUGUUAGAUAGAUACUGAAACACUGACCUCAGCAUUUCUUGUUGGUUUAGAUUUUGAAAUAUAUUUAUUCUUUUUUAUGCGAGUCUGUUCCAUUUCUUUAUGUCUCUCAAGUGAUAUGCAAAUUUGUAAGCAUGUCUAUGCAAUUUAGUUCUUUAACGGCUGAAAUUUUGUUGUCACUGGUUUUAUUGUAUAAAUAAUCUGGCUGGUCUCUAGCGCAUGCAAGAAUGUUCUUCACUACGGGUGACAUGGAACAGAAGGUUGGUGUUCUGUUUUUCUAGUUACGUUGCAUUUGAAUUUAGAUUCGUGAGGCGAAUAUUGAUGA